AUGGUCAGCCCUGACAAGAAUCAAAGUAGUGUGGUCAUCUUCAUCCUCUUAGGAUUCUCUGAUUAUCCAGAGCUGCAGGUGCCCCUCUUUCUACUGUUCCUUACUGUCUAUGCAGUCGCUGUGGUGGGGAAUGUGGGCAUGAUUGUGGUCAUCAAGAUCAAUCCCAAACUUCACACCCCCAUGUACUUUUUCCUCAAGCACUUGUCCUUUGUGGAUUUCUGUUACUCCACUGUAGUUAUACCAAAACUACUAGAAAACUUAGUUGUAGAAGACAGAAGUGUCUCCAUCAAAGUCUGCAUCACACAGUUUUUCUUUGGUGUCACCUCUGCGGUGACAGAGAGUGUCAUGUUGGCAGUGAUGGCCUAUGACCGCUUUGUUGCUAUAUGCUAUCCAUUGCUAUAUACAGUUUCCGUGUCCCCAAAAUUCUGUACCCUGCUAGUGACUGUGGCAUAUUCCUGGGGCACAGCUUCUUCAGUUGUACUUACUUACUCAAUUCUUGUACUGUCAUUUUGUGAGACCAAAAUCAUUAAUAACUUUGUAUGUGAAUAUUCUGUCUUCCUAUCUGCUUCCUGCUCUGAUAUACACUUCACUGAGUUAAUAUUUUCUAUCAUUGCAAAUCUCAGUGCAUUUUGCACCCUCACCAUUAUCCUUACAUCUUAUCUUAUUAUUUUUGUCACAAUCCUCAAAAUGCAUUCAGCUAGUGGGAGAUCUAAAGCUUUCUCCACUUGUGCCUCCCACUUGAUGGCUGUAACCAUCUUCUAUGGCACCAUCCUCUUUCUCUAUUGUAUUCCUAAUUCCCAAAACUCAUGGCUUUUAGUCAAAGUAGGAUCUGUUUUUUAUGCUGUAGUGAUUCCUAUGCUAAAUCCCUUAAUAUAUAGUCUAAGGAACCAUGAGGUAAAGCAAACCUUUAGGAAAUUAAUGGAUCUCAAAAUCAUUUCUCAUUAA